GAGCUGGGUGUUGUUGCUCUCUCCUUGCAGCGCUGAGCAGCCAUGGAGAGGAUGCAGCAGGUCGUUGGGCGGGCGAGAGCUGCCUUCAACUCUGGCCGGAGCCGCGCGCUGGAGUUCAGGAUGCAGCAGCUGAAGGCCCUGAAGCGGAUGGUGCAGGAGAAAGAGAAGGACAUCCUGGCAGCCAUCAGGGCAGAUCUGCACAAGAGUGAGCCCAAUGCAUACUGCCAUGAGAUCCUGGGCCUGCUGGGAGAGCUGGCCCUCGUCAUGGACAAGCUGAAGUCCUGGGCAGCCCCUCAGCCUGUGAAGAAGAACCUGCUGACGAUGCGGGAUGAAGCCUACAUCUUCCCCGAGCCACUGGGGGUGGUGCUGAUCAUCGGGGCCUGGAACUACCCCUUUGCUCUGAUUAUCCAUCCUUUAAUCGGGGCCAUCGCAGCAGGUAAUGCCGUGGUGGUGAAGCCGUCGGAGAUCAGCGAGAACACAUCUCAGUUGCUGGCUGAUCUUCUCCCCCAGUACCUUGACCAGGAGCUGUACCCUGUGGUCACUGGGGGAGUUUCCGAGACAACAGAGCUACUGACCCAGAGAUUCGAUCACAUCCUCUACACUGGCAACUCCACAGUGGGCAAAAUUGUGAUGGCAGCGGCCGCCAAGUACCUGACACCCGUCACCCUGGAGCUGGGUGGGAAGAGCCCCUGCUACAUUGACACAGACUGUGACCUGGCUGUUGCCUGCAGGCGGAUAACAUGGGGGAAGUAUAUGAACUGUGGGCAAACCUGCAUCGCCCCAGACUACAUCCUCUGCAACCCAUCCAUCCAGAGCAGCGUGGUGGAGAACAUCAAGGCAGCUCUGCAGGAAUUCUAUGGGGAAGAUGUGAAGUCAUCUCCAGAUUAUGAAAGGGUCAUCAACAAGCGCCACUUCAGGAGGAUCCUGGGCCUGAUGGAAGGGCAGAAGAUUGCUCAUGGGGGAGAGGUUGAUGAGGCCUCCUGUUUCAUAGCACCAACUAUCCUGACUGAUGUUUCGCCGGAGUCAAAGGUGAUGGAGGAGGAGAUCUUUGGACCGGUCCUUCCCAUUGUGACUGUGAAUAAUGUAGAUGAAGCCAUUGAGUUCAUCAACCAUCGGGAGAAGCCGCUUGCCCUGUAUGUCUUCUCCAACAGCAAGAAGUUAAUCAAAAGAGUCAUCUCGGAAACCUCCAGUGGGGGUGUUACUGGAAACGAUGUCAUCAUGCAUUACCUACUCUCAACCUUACCCUUCGGUGGAGUUGGUAACAGCGGGAUGGGUGCCUACCACGGCAAACACAGCUUUGAGACCUUCUCCCACCACCGCUCCUGCUUGAUCAAGGACCUGAAGAUGGAGAGUACAAACAAACUCCGGUACCCACCUGGCAGCCAGAAGAAGGUGAACUGGGCCAAGUUCUUCCUCUUGAAGCAGUUUAACCGAGGUCGAAUAGGACUGGUUGUCUUGGUCCUGCUGGGGAUUGUGGCAGCGCUGGUGCUAAAGAAUCACCAGUCUGUGCUGAAGAGAAAAGCCCUCUUGAUUGUGCUGGCUGUUCAGAGGCUGGGCUGGCUCAGUGUGUGAUAAAGAGGAGCAGGUUUCAGAGCACUGCUGUGGCUGUCACAGUGAGAUGGUUUACUACUGAGGAGAAGGUGCCAUGUCCAAGUCAUACUCUUGAGUGCUCACUUUGUGUCUGUUUCCUUAAUCUGAGAAGUCCUUUUCUUUUCUGGUGGGUUAUUUCAGUGAGCUGUGGAGCACACAGAGUAGCCUUAGCAAGGCACUAACCAAGGGAAGGCUUGGACUCCUGUUUACUAAACAGCCAUGCUGCAGCAGACGGACCAGUGGGUGCAGGCUCUCAAAAGGAGGACUGCAGAACAAGAAAUACCAUUCCCUACUUCCACCCCUGCCAUGCAGAAUGCCUCUUCCAGGAAUAUGCACAACGUGUCUUGCACCAAACUGCUUACAUUGCCUCAGUGACAAACAGGAGCUUGAGUUUCAGCUGUGAGGGGGUUGAUGGUAUUUUCCCUGUGGGUUUUUGGGUUUGUCUGUCUACUGUUACGUUCUGAACAACCACCAGCUUGGUGAUGAGUCUGGGACAGGCUGUGCUAGCUGAUGCAUUUGACCAAUGGUUAUGAAUAAACCUGAGUUUCCCCUCA